GCAAGGCGGGCAGGAGGGCGGCGGGGCCGGCGCGGGCGGUGCGGGCGGGGGGCGGGUUAAAAGCGGCGGCAGGUGAACGGGGAGGGACCGCAGAGCUCCGCGGCGGCGAGGCCGGGACCGGCCGCUCCGCAGGCGCCGCAGCCCCGGGAGCCGAGGCGAGCCGAGCCGAGCCGAGGCAGGUAAAAGAACACAGAAAAGAAGAUGGACUGGGGAGCUCUGCAGGCCAUUUUAGGAGGUGUAAAUAAACACUCCACCAGCAUCGGAAAGAUAUGGCUCACAGUCCUGUUCAUCUUCCGUAUCAUGAUCCUGGUUGUAGCGGCAGAGAGAGUCUGGGGAGAUGAACAACAAGAUUUUGUCUGCAACACACUUCAACCCGGGUGCAGAAAUGUUUGCUAUGACCAUUUUUUCCCCAUCUCUCAUAUCAGACUCUGGGCCCUGCAGCUGAUCUUUGUUUCUACACCUGCACUGCUGGUGGCCAUGCAUGUAGCUUACACUAGGCAUGAGAAGAAAAGACGUUUCAGAAAUGGUGAGAAGAUUGAUAUUGAAGAGCUGAAAAAUGAGAAGAUACACAUCCGGGGCCCCCUGUGGUGGACAUACACCAGCAGCAUCUUCUUCAGGAUCAUCUUUGAAGCCAUCUUCAUGUAUGCUUUCUAUUACAUGUAUGAUGGGUACCAAAUGCCUCGCCUGGUGAAGUGUAAUGCAUGGCCCUGCCCCAACACAGUGGAUUGUUUUGUUUCUCGGCCCACUGAGAAAACUACAUUCACUAUUUUCAUGCUUGCUGUGUCUGGGAUCUGCAUGAUGUUGAAUCUGGCUGAAUUGUGUUACCUAGUGAUAAAAGUUUGCAUGAGAGAACGCAGGAAAUCAACAGCUUUAAAAUAAUUCCCCCAGUACCACGAUUUCCUAGCUCCCUGUUUUACUCAAAUUUUCUUAGGUGCCAGAAAACAAUCUGUAAUAUUUCCAUGCUCAAAGAAAAGGACAAAAAUGAAAGAUCAUUCAUAAUUUUAAAAUGAUAGCCUUCCUGGGAAGCUGCCACUGAGCUUAGUUUAUGAGCUAAUUCAGUAUUUUCUUAUCCACAAAUAAAGAGAGUAGCCUUUUGGCAACAACUUUUCAAAGUAUGUCUACUGCUGUGUCUCUGUUGGUGGGAUAGGGUCACUUUUCAAAAAGUGGGAGUCGAAGGGCCCGGAGGAGCGGCCUCCCCUAAAGGAGAGGCAGAAAUCAUGAACACAUUGCCUGCAUUGCACUGGUCAGCUUCAGGGGCAAGCCAGUAACAAAGAGUUUUGAUCAAAGUGGGAUGAAGGAUUUUUUUGGAGAACUUACUACUUGCGAAAGGCAAGAAGACAAAGAGGCAAUCAUGUUUAUAGCAGGUGUAUUAUUCUUUCUCUAAGCAUUUUAGAGAGCAAGGAAAACGGCUAGGAACACAGGCACUCCAUGGCAGCACACAUGCCACCAGCUCUACUGGGGACCAGCAAAAUUUUAGCUUUUCAGCUCCUCACCUGUACUGAGGAGUCACCGCAGCAGGGCUAGCAGUGGCCAUUCUCAACCGCUUAUAACUGUCAUAAGGUCAUUGCAGCCUCCCUCCAUUCACAGGGGCUGCAGCUGUGGGAGGCAUGAAGUAUAUUUUUUCAUUCUCUUGGUCAGGUGAAAAAAGGCUUGCUGCCUUGGAGAAGGAGAGACAGUGGGCCUGUCUUCCACCUGGUUUGCUCUCCUGCAGCAUUUUGCAAAGACCCUCAGUGCAGUAGAUUUUUAUCUGAUGAAGAGACUUCUUACCACUUUGCUGGGUCUCCUUCAGCUGUUUAUCUUUGAAGGUUUUUUUUAGUAAAGAACAAAAAAAAUGCCUCAUUGUUUCAUUCUGUUUAUUACCCUGGACAGCAUGAUAUACAGUGGAUUACACCUACCAGUGCUCUUUCCAUCAGUCAUCAGUUUUACGGAGGCUUUUCUCCACAAAACCUUCUCCUUGUACCUUUCAAGGGAGUACAUCAAACCACUCCCCAUCUCUUCAAUAUCCCAUAUCAUGAGACUGAAUCAUCCUUCAUCUUCUUACUGUAUGUCCAGGAAGAAUUACAGACACCUUGCAGAGCUAAAGUUGCAAAGUGUCCCAAUCAGAAAUGAGGAAUAACUUGAUAUCUCUUAAAUUUCACAUUGCUAAGCUGUGAAUUGUGCGUUACUAACUGGAAGAACUAUGUGAGUCAGUCUGGUCUUGUCUGUCCACAAUAGUCCCAAAAUGUGUUCAGGUUUAUGCUGUCAUAGGCAGUUACACCAUCACAUAUAGCAUCACACGUCUCCCAAGUGCCUGCCCACUGAACCCACUUGUAGAAAGCUGACUACUUCUCCUCAUUGGCUUUAAUAACUAGUUUUCUCUUCAAAAGAAUGAGCAUUAUCUCAGCUUCUCUUUUUGCAUCCACCAGCUUCUCCAACACACCUCAGCUCAUCACAGUUGGAGUAAACGAAGGUGCAUUAAUUAAGGCCCAUGUCCUCUCAGUAUGCCCUGGAAGCAUAGCAUAAGCAGGCUCCCGCUGCUGGUGUGCUACAACCCAGUGUUACAACUUAAUGCAGAUGAAAGUGUGGCGGUUAAUAGGGGAGCAGGAAAAAAAAUCCAAACAGCAUCCUCAGAAGCAUGAACAAAAGCAUGGAAAGUCAUUAAUAAUGAGCUGAACUGGAAACUUGGUCUGUGAAAACAUCCUUAAUUCAACUCUAAAGAACAAAGCUUGGCACAUACCAGGUUUGUGCUUGACAGAGUUCCUGCAUUGUUCCAUGUACAGGUACAAAGGGAACAAACCAUCUACACUUCCAGUGCUUUAGUAUUAUAUUUCUUCUGUAACAACAAGAUUUUUAUUUUCUUCUGAAACCAUAAUUAAAGCACUCCUGUGGUGCCUGGGGUUCUGUCUUA